AUGCAAACUCUAUUUUUUUUCUUAGCACUCCUUGCCAUAAUAAAUGGAAUCCAAGCAGUUGAGUACACUGUAACCAACACCGCACUCUCUACUCCUGGUGGUAUGCGUUUCCGUGAUCAAAUAGGAGAUCAAUACGCGACACAAACCCUAGACUCCGCCACACAAUUCAUAUGGAAAAUCUUCCAAGAGGACAACCCUGGUGACAUAAGAAACGUGCAAAGGGUGAGUUUAUUUGUGGACGACAUGGAUGGAAUUGCAUAUACAAAUACAAACUCCAAUGAAAUUCACGUUGGUGCAAGGUAUCUAAAUACUAUUCAAACGAUAGACGAACUUACAGGGGUAUUGAUUCAUGAAACAACACACGUUUGGCAGUGGUAUGGAAAUGGUAAAGCUCCAGUGUUUUUAACUGAAGGUAUAGCAGAUUAUGUGAGAUUGAAAGCAAACUAUAUACCUGAUCAUUGGGUUAAAGCAGGAGGAGGGGAUAGCUGGACCCGAGGUUACGAUGUUACCGCUCGAUUUUUGGAGUAUUGUGAUGGUUUAAGAAAUGGGUUUGUAGCAGAGUUGAACAAGAUGAUGAGAACUGAUUAUAGGGAUGAUUUCUUUGUUACGUUGCUGGGAAAGACGCCUGAUCAGUUAUUUACGGACUAUAAGAAUCAUUAUGGCAAUAUACCCUAA